AUGGUGGAGGUGCUGUCACAAUACCUGACCAGACAAAUAGAGCAGCCAAGGAACAUCAUCGGCCCUCAAGUUUCAUCCUCAUAUCCCCUAGUAGAAUCCCCCUACAACACAUUCGUCCCCUACUCUCCUGGCAUCCCCUCCCCUAGCUCUACUACCAUCAUAACUGACUGCUCCCCUACGGCUUGCAAGAACCUAGCAAAUACAUUACAGCUCAUGAUCGUGGCGAACUUACUGCAGAAUAGUAACGGAGGAUCAGAUUUAGCUUUGCAGAUGGCUGCACCACUCAUUAACGAGCUGUUCACAUCACCCACGCUGUCCUGUGGAUGUGCGAAUCCCUUCGCAGGAAGCAUAUCAUGCCAACGCUACAUCCAGCCCUACAACUAUCCUCAAGUCUACUCCGAGGCUGUCAUCGAGCGGUACGCCGGCCCUUCCCCCCAAAUACCCCCCAUGUCAACAGCUGACAACGAUGUCCUUUGCAAAAACCUUGCAACUGCCAUACAAAACGUCAUUUUUGACAGAUUCUCCCAAAGCUGCUUACGGAAGCCUACCUUCGGUCAAAUAGCCAGCCCUUUGAUCAGUGACAUCAAGAACUCUCUAUGCCAAUGUCCAGUCUGCUCCAGUGUCAACUUGACCCCUAGCGGAUACUCAAAGUCCUACGUGUCCCCUAGCACUGUUUCUAACAUCAUCCAGUCUAGUGUCCCUAACACUAUUUCUAGGAUCGUCACCGCCAACAUAAGUCUUCAUCCAGCCCUCAAACAGUACCUCCUCUCCAGUCUAGGGACUUCCCCACCUCCAAUAAACACCAGACAGCCUCUCCCAGCAGUUACUAUUAGCAAACAGACCAGUGCAGCUCCAAAUCUUCAAUCUCUAGCUGCUUUAGCUACAUUACUCUCUUCUGCUCAUAGCACACCACCUCCAAAGGCUCAGCCACCGGCUGCAAACGCUUUGCUAGCUGCCCUUACAGAUACUUCAUCAGUUAUUUCUCCCUCAGUAGAUACAGCAUUACUCAAUAACCUAGCUAUGGCAAUGCAGCUGCUGAUCGUCAGCAAUCUGCUAAGUUCUCCUCAAGAAUCCACUCCAGAACCACCAGUUUCUGGCUAUUCUUACGAACCAGAACCUGUACAGCCGGUUUCAGUGUCUUACGCUUCUCACCCACCGCCUCAGCCGGUACCAGCUACUCCUGUACAACCUCAGCAUCAGUACACCUAUGAGUCUACUUCAAACUAUAGCCCGCCAGCUCCUACCUACAACUAUCCAUCGUCUAACUACAAUUCCAUGAGCAUGCCAAACUCAAACUACGUUGGGUCUUCUUCAUUUGCAACUUCAAGUUCUUUUAUGGGGUCUGUUCCACCGCCAACGUCAAGUGGUAGGAAUGGAUUCUCUCUCAUGUCCCCGUACGAAGCAUUGAGUCCUUCCUCACCUUUCUCUGAUCCGAUCUUGUCGUCACCUUACGGGUCAGUGAUGACGUCAAAGAAGGACUUCCAAAGCCCGUAUUCUUCGUUCAUGACGUCAGAUAGCAAGGAUCUGUUUUCGAUGGGCGACUUCUUCUAA